UUGAAGUUGUUGUUGCGCGUGGAGAAAUGGCGUCGUCCAUGGGAGGAAUGUUCCCUGGCCAGCAACCUCCUGGAUCUCAUCCACCUACUGUUCCUGGUGGUCCAGGUCAGCCAGGACUUCUCACAGGUCCUCCUGGAAACAGAGGAGCAAAUAGCACGUUGGUAGAUGAACUGGAAGCUUCGUUCGAGGCGUGUUUUGCAUCGCUUGUAAGUCAAGACUAUGUGAAUGGAACAGACCAGGAGGAAAUUCGGACUGGGGUCGAUCAGUGCAUACAAAAGUUUUUAGAUGUGGCCAGACAGACUGAAUGCUUCUUCCUUCAAAAGAGACUGCAGCUGUCUGUACAGAAACCAGAACAGGUGGAAAAAGAGGAUGCAUCAGAACUGAAGAAUGAACUCCAAAGGAAAGAGAUGCUGAUUCAGAAACAUCUAGCCAAAAUCCACCAUUGGCAGCAGGUGUUGGAGGAUAUAAAUGUCCAGCACAAAAAACCCACAGAACUGCCUCAGGGACCCCUGGCCUUCCUGGAGCAGGCUUCAGCAAACCUCCCUGCUCCUAUGAAACCAAACUGAUUCCUGUGCAGAGAUCUAUCUUUCAAUGCCCACAUCAUAAACUCUGCAUGACAAUUUGUACCAUAAGCCCUUGUUGAAUAUUCUGUCAGUGAUGCUUUCAUUAUGUUUUGUUUAUGAGUGAAGUGAUCUAUUUUUCACUGGCCAUGACUCCAGCAGAAAGCCCAUAAUGCAUUAAGUUACAGUUUUGAUCAUACCAAGAAUGUUAGACCUCUGAUGUAUAGAAUGGAGUUGUUAAAAAAAUUGAUAACAUGUUAAUCUUAAAUGGGCAGCAGCCAGCAGGAAUGAGCUUGGUGUUUUGUAUUUAGAGAAUUAGUGGAGUAGUGGAAUUGUUUACUUGGUGGAAGGAGGGGAUUUUUUUAAUGUUUAUAUUUCAUAAACAACUUUUGUACAGUUAGGUUAGAAUAAACACAUUGUGAUAAUUAUCAAAGUUUGUUCUCCAAUUCUGUUGUUUCUUCCAGUAUUUCUGCAUCUCUUUCAGGUCUUUGGUGUAACUUGCACAUAUCAUUAACACUUCUUCAUUAUAUAUUUUCAGAAAAUAAACAUCAAAACUAUUACACAUUUUUAACUAUUUCUUA